CCCGCCCAAGAGGCUCCCGCCGCGCUCCUCUCGGUCCAGCCUCUGCAGCCCCCGCCAUCCCCGCAGACGCAUCGCGCCUUGCGACGCCUUCAGUCAGCUCACGCCCUGGGAGCCCGAGCAGCCCAGCAGGCGUCGAUCCUCUCGCAUCAGCGCCAGCAGCAGCCUCUGUCUCCGACCCGAAACGCUGCUGCUGCUGAUGCUGCCGAUUCCGCGCCGAAUUCCAAUGCCAAUGCCAAUGCCAGAGCCAAUGCAAAUGCAAAUGCAAAUUCAAAUUCAAAUGCCGCCGCAAACGUGACGGUGGUGCGAACGCGAGGUCGUGCCAACAGCGAUGCCACGCUGCCUCCAGCCUAUCAGCCACCCGCCGCUGCAAACCCUCGACGAUCCGGCGUCAAAAAGCCCGUCUUUUCGCAUGGCCACCUCUCUCUGCAGCAAAUCAUUCGCGAAGGCCCCAACGACGGCGACUUCAACGGCGCUUUGGAGAGCGCGAGGUGGAAGGUCAUCGACGAAGGCGUCAAGGCUGCCGAGGAUGGAAUGUCUCCCUUGAGAAUCUACGUCUGGCUCGUCCUCCUCGACGCCCCAAUCAUGUCCACGGACGAAUACCUCGCCCUCAUCCACCGCGGCGCCUCGCCAGCCUACGCAAAGAUUCGAAACGACACGUUCCGCACCUUGACUACCGACCCUCUCUUCCGACGCCGCGUUAGCGAAGCGAGCCUGAUUAGACUGUUGAAUGCCAUUGCCUGGCGGCUUCACGAUUCAAAGGAGGACGAGCGCCAGAGCCGUCCGGGCAGCAGCCAUUCGUCUCUACCUGCACGGGAGACUGUUGGGGGCAGUCUCUCUGGCCAAUCCCAAGCCAGGUCCGGCGCAGUUCUCGAGCCAGGCGUCUAUGUGCAGGGCAUGAAUGUCUUGGCCGCCCCUUUCCUCUACGCUGCGCGAAGCGAAGCCGAAGCCUUCGUCGCCUUCCACUCUCUGCUAACCCGCGAGUGUCCUGGCUACAUACGAGGCGCCAUGGACGGCGUGCACCGUGGGCUCGCUCUGGUGGAUAAGGUGCUAUCCAUUGUCGAUCCCAAGCUCAGCAUGUAUCUGACGACAAAGGGGCUCUCUGCUGAGAUCUACGCCUUUCCCUCUGUACUUACGCUGUGUGCGUGCACGCCGCCCCUGCCCGAGGUGCUGCGUCUAUGGGACUUUCUUUUUGCAUACGGGCCGCAUCUCAACAUUGUCUGCAUCGUAGCGCAGCUUACCAUUAUGCGAUCGCAAAUUCUUCAAUCUCAGAGUCCGAAUAAGCUGCUACGAUCCUUCCCACAACUGAAUGCCGAUCUCGUCAAGAGCGUCACCAUCAGCAUCAUUAAGAAGAUACCAGACGACAUCUACGAAGAAAUCGCCACGCACGCC